CGCCUGUCGGAUUGAGAUUUGAGACUGACUUCUGAAUGAGGUGUGAAUUGAGUUUAAAAAACGUUUACGGAUAAAAAUUCCCUAUUAAAUUAAACUUUAAAGCGCACGGGAGAGAAUAAUAAUACUAAGGGUGCAACAAAUAAUUCGAAGCUUAGUUUAAGAACAUACAACUUGAAUAAUAUAGACAAUCAUGUUCAAUAUAGCUGCAAAACGUAUAAUAAAAGAGAUCAAAGAAGUUAUUAAUGGUGAUCAGGUUGAAGAUGCUGCUCUCAAACUUGAGUUGGUGAAUGACAAUUGGAUGGAUCUUCGAGGUGAAUUUAAGGGACCACCAGAUACACCAUAUGAGGGUGGAGCAUUCAAACUAGAAAUAAAAGUUCCAGAAACAUAUCCUUUUAACCCACCAAAGGUACGAUUCAUGACAAACGUUUGGCAUCCUAAUGUAUCUUCAGUGACCGGCGCGAUAUGCUUAGACAUUCUAAAAGACCAAUGGGCGGCAGCACUUACCUUAAGAACAGUAAUGCUUUCAAUACAGUCAUUAUUAGCUGCAGCUGAGCCAAAUGACCCACAAGAUGCAGUUGUAGCAACACAGUAUAAAGAAAAUCCAGAGUUGUUUGCCAAAACCGCAAAACAUUGGACAAAUAUUUAUGCAGGAGGCCCUAAUCAUGUUUGGGAAUUUAAUCGUAAAGUGGAAGUCCUAAUUGAUAUGGGAAUUGAGGAACACAAAGCGAGAGUAGCACUUUCCACUAAUGAUUGGGACAUUGAAAAGGCUACAGAACACCUCUUUAGUUAAACAUAUAGUCAAAAUACAUAAUUUAAUGUACUUAAGUUACAAAGAAUAUCAAUUUUCCCUGGCUCACAUGUUCAGAAUUUCCAAUUUAUUUUUUAUAUUGUUUUUUGACAAUUUUGUUUUAAUGAUUUGAUUUAAAGCAGUUAUUUAAUAGCUAACACCUCACCUAACUAUCUAUGUACCCAGAUAUGCCCAGGAUCUACAGACCAAUGUGAAGGUUCAUUCAUGAUUUAUAAUUAGUCUAUUUAUAUGAGCUAGAAGUUUUACCCACUGGUUAGGUUGCGUAUGAUUUUUUUAAUGAAAAUAUGGGACGAGGCGAGCAGGUCGUUCAGCUGAUGGUACUUGAUACGUCCUGCCCAUUACAAUGCAGUGCCGCAUGUUGAAAAACCCCAAAAAUUCUGAGCGGCACUACAAUUGCGCUCGUCACCUUGAGACAUAAGAUGUUAAGUCUCAAUUGCCCAGUAUAAAUAAUAAUAGUAAUAUUUCACUAGCUACGGCGCCCUUAACACCGAAACACAGUAAUUCUUACACAUUAAUGCGUCACGGCAGAAAUAGGCCCCAUAAUAGUACCCAUAAUCUAGCCAGCAUCUUGUACAAAGGAGCCUCCCACUGAUGGAAUAACGUUGCUGAACUACUAUAAGGUCAGAAAAAAACACUAAGCGUAUUUUCGAAAUUUCACAAUUUUUAAUCAUCAACAACUACUGCAACAAAUCCAUUAAUGUCCCAAAUUUUAAUUGCGACUCGUGAGUCAUUAGAGCUACUCAAUUUGGGGAACCGGUAAAUAUUUAAAAAAAAAUGAGGUAAUCUGUUUUAUUUAUUUCAACAAUGCUUUUGCUUGCUCUUUUUAAUGAUAUUACAUCCAGCCAGACGAGAAUUAAUAGUGCAACAAAAGAUAUACAUACAUAAUAUGAUAAGUUUUUUAUCAGACAUUUAUAAUAAACAACUCAUGUGAUUGUCUUCUUUUACAAACUAUACUCGAAAUAUGGAAGAUACUACUAAUCACACCAUAAUAAGCUUUUAUGAUUAUAUACAUCAAUAAGUAGCAAUGUGAAACAUUUAUUCAGUUCAUAUUCGAUUCGGACAGCGGCAGUAGACACACGACUCAGAGGAAAAGUGUGCUUACUUGCUUGUCUUUAAGCACACUUUUGCCGUUCCGCUAUCAGACUUCAAAUGAUAUGUUCCUAUACCAAGAACGUCAUUGCUGAUAACAUAUACUAUUCAUAUACCGAAAUAUUGUUUGUUUGUCAUAUUAUUAACACACUGUUAUUGAGUAGCAGUAUGCAAUGAUUCCGUCCACUGGGAUAAUUGGGGUUUGGUUAUCUCACAGACUUAGAAUAUACUAGGCGUAUAGACGAUCUGACAGCCCGAUAAUUUAUCGACAAUUUUUGAUUUGUCAAUAUGUGCCUUACGGCCGUUCCCAAUAUUCAGUCUAUCUCAAGAGAUAAAAAUCUUAACUAUCGUUGACUUUUCUGUUCAGCUUCAGAUUAUUGACAGAUAAAUACUGACAGUAGAAGGUAGUAAUUUAUCUCUUAUCUGUAGAUAGUAUAUUGGGAACGGCCGUUAGCUACCUGUUAAUUAAAAUAGUAACGAGCUUAUGACAAACAUGGCUAACUGUUUACGACUUUUCAAUCUAAAUAGGUUUCAGUAAUAAUGAUUCUCUUUCCUUUAUGUCUUGCCGUAUCUCUGUUAGAUUCUUCUUCUCUCUCGCACACUUUCUUUGUCAAUACGCUUGUAUUUUAAGUCUAUGAGUGAUCUUGGUUAGGUUGUCUGUUAGCUAUAACAAUUAUAUAGUUGAUUAAUUGAGCAACUAUUCGGACAAAACUGUACCAAAUCUUUAAAUUAUAAUUUGGUAGUAUAUAAUACAGGGCUAUUGGGAAAUAUAUGAGUAGGUAAGAUUGAUUGUAAUAGUAUAAAUAUACUUGCUUUAUCCAGUCAUCAGAACAGUGUGAGUAGUUUAAUAUUUAAUUAGAUCAAUGUUCUAUAUACAAAAUUUAAGACUUUUCUGCAUACAUUUAAUGAUAAAAUAUCCAUUGUUUAGAACUGUUGUUGUAGUAGUUAAAAACUAUGUUAAAUUUUACGCUUAAAGUAACAGUUACAAGAGAAUGUUAUAUAUUUAUUAAAUUUAAAACAGGCAUAUAAUAGAUUCAUACUAAGUUAUUACUACUUUCACUGUUUUUGCUGUAUACUGGAUGCCUAAAAGCAGCAGCCUUAAAUAUGUAUGUGUGAUACGUGCAGUUCAUGUUAAUAGUAUUAAAUUUAUAAAGAUAAAUGUUAUUUAUAACUGCAAUAGUGAAAUAAACUUAUAUAUCCAGCUUGUAAUGAAAUAAAUACAUUUGUUUAUUACAAAUGAUAAUAAUAUAUGUAAAAUUAUUUGAAAUGUAUUAUAUAAUGUACAUAAAAAUUGUUAUUUUUAAGAAGAUAAACAUAAUAAAAUGCUUUUUCUGGCAACAUUUGACAACAAAUAUCGUAGAUAUUUUUAUAUUACCUAAUUGCAUAAAUUGUAAAGUACAUAAAAUAGCAAAUGUAACGAUAGGAUUAAAAGCAUAUUAUGUUUUUCUUAAUACACAGCCCAAUCUGCAUAAAGCAUUGAUUUAUGCACAAAUUUAAACAGGGCUAUUGUGACUGGUUGCAUUCGGUUUAUUGUUAUAGUAAAAUAAACCAUAUUUUUGCUUAGUUCUAGUUAUUAUGGAUUGUAUACAUUUGUUAUUAAAUUACUUUAGAACAUUGUUAGUUGUGAUAUAAUAAUAUAACACAAUGAGAACAUAUAAUAAUAAUAUAUAUAUCCACAUUAUAUCAAUGCCCAUAAGUUUUAUAGUCAAUUUAUUUGUGGUGUAUUUUUAGGCCAAGAGCUGAUGAAUUUAAUUCCAUCACAAUAUAGCUGAUUAUAGUGAGAAAUUUGACAUACUAAAUACUUUAAAUUCCAAAUUACAUUGCAUAAAAAUUAUUGAACAAUAUUCGAUAAAAAUAAAAAGGUGUGAGAUACACCUUUUUAUUUUUUCAAAUUUGAUUAUUACUUUAUUCAAUUAUAUUUGUUGCUAUUUCUUGUGAAAGCUGAUUGGUUUCUGAAUAAUUUAAUUACCUAUUUUGAUAAAUAUAAUAUAAAUAUUCUCAUGAU